AUGGCCCGUGGCCCCGCUCGGACCAGCCCGGGACCGGGGUCCCAACUGCUGCCGCUGCUGCCGCUACUUCUGCUGCUGCUCCAGGACGCGGGCGGCAGCCACACGGCCCCCGCCCGGUCCGCCCCGCCCGCAGCGGCCGACGGCCUGGCGGGGUACCAGAACCCCCAGCGGUCUCCAGGGGACGCGGCCGCUGCUCUAGGCCCCGGCACCCAGGACAUGGUCGCUGUCCACAUGCUCCGGCUUUAUGAGAAAUACAGCCGAAGGGGCGCGCGGCCAGGAGGGGGCAACACGGUCCGCAGCUUCCGGGCCCGGCUGGAAGUGGUCAACCAGAAGACCGUGUAUUUCUUCAACCUGACUUCCAUGCAGGACUCAGAAAUGAUCCUCGUGGCCACAUUCCACUUCUACUCGGAGCCGCGGUGGCCCCGGGCACGCGAGGCACCAUGCAAGCAGCAGGCCAAGAAUGCAUCCUGCCGCCUGCUGCCCCCAGGCCCGCCUGCACGCCACCCCAUCGUCAAGGCGGCCCGCCAGGAUGGCGAGCUGCUCCUGUCCGCCCAGCUGGAUUCUGGGGAGGAGGACCCGGGGGUACCCAGGCCCGGCCCCCACGCACCCUACAUCCUCAUCUACGCCAACGACCUGGCCAUCUCAGAGCCCAACAGCGUGGCAGUGACACUGCAGAGAUAUGACCCCUUCCAGGCUGGGGACCCGGAGCCUGGAGCAGCCCCCAACAGCUCGGCGGACCCCCGAGUGCGCCGGGCCACGCAGGCCAUGGGGCCGCUCCAGAACAACGAGCUGCCGGGGCUGGACGAGAGGCCGGCACAUGCCCCCCACGCCCAGCACUACCACAAGCACGAGCUGUGGCCCAGCCCCUUCCGUGCACUGAAGCCUCGGCCGGGCCGCAAGGACCGCAGGAAGAAGGGCCAGGAUGUGUUCAUGGCCUCCUCACAGGUGCUGGACUUUGACGAGAAGACGAUGCAGAAAGCCCGGAGGAAGCAGUGGGACGAGCCACGGGUUUGCUCCCGGAGGUAUCUGAAGGUGGACUUUGCAGACAUCGGGUGGAACGAAUGGAUCAUCUCACCCAAGUCGUUCGACGCUUACUACUGCUCAGGAGCCUGCGAGUUCCCCAUGCCCAAGAUCGUCCGCCCCUCCAACCACGCCACCAUCCAGAGCAUCGUCAGGGCCGUGGGCAUCGUCCCAGGCAUCCCAGAGCCUUGCUGCGUUCCCGACAAGAUGAACUCUCUUGGGGUCCUCUUCCUGGAUGAGAACCGGAAUGUGGUUCUGAAGGUGUACCCCAACAUGUCUGUGGAGACCUGUGCCUGCCGGUAA